GUACGGGACCGAAAAGUAGCUUCGCGGUACAGCAGUGUUACCCAAAUCUAUAUUCAUCGUCCCCACCAUUUGCAUCUUCUUCAAUCCUCGAAAUCCUCACCAAUGGCAAUCGCUUCUCUGCAAAAGCUCUCUUCCCGAAUAUCCAUUAACCCUUCGCUGUCUCUCUAUUCCAAAGCAAUCAUCACAAGAUCAUCAGCUUCAUCGUCAACGCCAACCCCAUCCACCUCCAAAAAAGUCUCGGACCGAAUCGUGAAACUCUUCGCAAUCGACUUCGACGGGAAAAAACAAGAGAUCGUCGGCCUGUCGGGCCAAACACUCCUGAAAGCGCUUGCCAACAACGGCUUGAUCGAUCCGGCGUCGCAUAGGCUCGAAGAGAUCGACGCGUGUUCGGCUGAGUGCGAGGUAAAUAUUGCUCAGGAAUGGCUGGAAAGAUUGCCUCCGGCCUCGUACGAUGAACAGUAUGUGCUAAAAAGGAAUUCGAGGAAUAGGGUUUUGAAUAAGCAUUCGAGGUUGGGGUGUCAGGUUGUGCUUACUCAGGACCUUCAAGGGAUGGUUGUGGCCGUGCCGGAGCCGAAGCCGUGGGACAUUCCGUAAGAGAGGUUUGCCAAAUUGAUAUUAACUAUUGUAAGGUUCUCUGGAUGGAUUUUGAGGGGAUUUUAUUUGAGUUAAUAACGUGCAUACUUUUGGAACUUCAUAUGGCUUAAUGCUUGAAGUUGUUGUGAAAAAAUGUGGGAAGUUUGAUAUGGAUUUGUUGCUUAACUGUGUUGUGUGGGGUAUGAGGUGCAUAAUUGGUUCUUGUACUUUUUGCUAUUUGAUUGGUAGUUGUUAAUAUUCUUGCUAUAAUCUCCCAAUGGCCAGAAUUGUUUAAAUUUAGGGAAGAAGUCUUGGAAUUUUUUUCCUGCAUAAACUUAUGUGGUAAUUGGAUGUUACUUGUACAAUUAUCUCAUUUUCUUGCAAUCAUUAAAAAGUUUGCCCAAGUAAUUUAUUGGUUGGACUUCCCAAGAUUGAAUGUUUUAGUUCUCAUCCAUUUUAUCAUGGGGUAAAGUUUUGCUCAAGAUUGCAGCUUACAUUUUGAACUUGAGUACCCUGUAGGAGGUGUCUUGAGGUGAAUAAGUUGAUUCAGGCAUGGAGAAUGAAGUGGGGCUUGAGUUUUUGAAAGUGCAUAGACUGGAUUCAGUGCUGGUUAUUACAUCAGUUCAGGUCCAAGGAUUGGAUAGGAGGAGGCUAGAACAUUACUAGGUUAUUCUGAUCAUUAACCUGGAAAUAUUUGAACAAUUCAUUAGGGUAGAAAAUGAUGUCAUCCUGAAGACUAAAAUGGGUGACUGAGGGAA